CAAAAAUACUGGCGAUAUUACUUUAUCCCAGGAUGCGUACGUGACUAAGGCUUUAGAGCGGUUCGGCGGGAAUAUAAAUGGGAAGCCAGCACUGAGCCCCAUGUCAACCGCUCCAAACCCUUCGAACGAAGAGAAGCCCGCACUUUUAAAGUUAAAGCAGGAAUACUGUGGCACUUUGAACUACCUUGCCACUAGCACGCGCCUUGACAUCGUAGUAGCAUUGAAAUUCUGUGCAAAAGCAAAAGCGAACGAAGAAACGCUGACCGCGUUGAAGCGUAUCUUUCGUUACUUGCGUACGCGCCGAGUUCUUGUCUACAGGAACAAGCAAGAAAUCUUGAAAGGCAAGCUCACUCUAAGCGGUCUUUUGCUCCCUGUGUACUUUGAAUCUGCCUCCAACAAGUCAAACGGAUUGACAAAAGUUUGCGUUGGAGUAGAGCACACAGCAUUUUGCCGCAUGAAUGGAAUCACUGAAAUGCAGUAAAAAACAACUAUACUUUCAGGAACGUCGUAGCGGAAAACUGGAUUUGAAGAAUCUAACUCCGAUGGAGUUCCGGUCUGACGAAGACGGAACGCCGGAAAAUUAAAUUCCAAAACCCGAAGAGGAGAAUGCACACCAUCAAAAAUUGGGUGAUGUAGCUCCACGGGUAUCAAGACCGUAAAAGCACGAGGAGAGCGGUGGAUGUAGAGUCGAUACGAUUUGAAC